AUCAUGCUAGCUUUAUCUCCUCCUUUGUUUUCAACCGUUGGAUGGCUUUCAGAGGAUCCCAUUAUGACCAGAAGUACUUCUACAGAGACAGUUCCACUGACCAAAUUGCAGAGUCGUUCCUUCAUAUCCUUCCAUCUCAGCUGCCACAAUUUGAGCUCGAUCUUUCCACAACUAUGAGCGGGGACAAUUCCAGGGGUUCCACAGUGGCUAAGAAGAUUAAUCAUAACGCUAGUGAGCGUGAGCGCCGAAAGAAGAUUAACAGCUUGUAUUCCUCAAUGCGUUCACUGCUUCCUGCAGAUCAAGCGAAAACAUUAAGCAUUCCGAAUACAAUUUCGCGAGUGCUGAAAUACAUACCGGAGCUCCAAAAGCAAGUGGAGGGACUAAUUCGAAAGAGGGACGAGUGUUUAUCAAGAGCUUCUAAGCAAGAAGAUGUAAUGCAGGAGGACAUAAAAAGCUUCUCAUCAAAAUCUGCUGUUUCAACCUAUCGGCUUAGUGAUAGAGAAGUUGCAAUUCAAAUAUCUACCUUGAAGACUCACAACAAUCUAUUAUCUGAGAUAUUCCUAAAUUUAGAGGAGGAGGAGGGGCUUCACGUACUAAAUGCUUCUUCCUUGGAGUCAUCAGGAGAGAGGGUCUUCUAUAAUUUACAUCUUCAGGUGGAAAGAAGUUGCAGAUUAGAAUGUGAGAAUUUAAGCGAGAAGCUCAUGUCCUUCUAUGCCUGAGAAAAGGCAGGAGUUAUUCCCGUAGGAAUCUUUGGUUCUGAUGUGCAGUGUGUAGCAGGUGCUAAAAUAUGAAUAUGGGUUUUGAAUAUGUUAGGUUCUUCUUUUAUUCUUCUCCAUAAGGAGGUAUAUAUAAGAGUUUACAUGAGUGCUUUAUCAGG